AUGGAGUCUCGAGGAUCUUCUGAUCAAGAGGAGGAGCAUAUUGUUCAAGUCAGGGAAGCUUUAAUGUGUCCCGACGGUGAAAAAUUCGAGGGUUUGCGAACGGCGAGGUUCCUCAAUUACACCACCACAUCUAUAGACGACGACGUCUUCGAGCUUCCCCUCGACGCGUUCGCGUAUCGACCGGAGGCGAUUGAUCCGGCGAAUUGGUCGGCGAAGAUAUCGUUUCCGGGCUGGGGAUCUCCGUCGGUGAACUGGAUCGAGUGGGUUAACGCGAUGGAGGAGAGACACGCGCCGGUGUGGAGGAAAUCGGGGGUUCACGACGCGAUUAUGUCGUCUCGGUAUCAGAUCAAGAAGCAGGAUGAUUUGGUGAUGGCUUUGGUGGAGAAAUGGUGCAUAGAGACGAACACAUUCAUCUUCUCUUGGGGCGAAGCGACGGUUACGCUUGAGGACAUGUUUGUUCUUGGUGGAUUCUCCGUGAUUGGGAACAACGCGAUGUCUCCGGUCAAAAGAGAAGAUAUGAAGGAGGUGGAGGAGAAGAUGAAGAAGGCGAAACGCGAAAUCGAGGCGGAAUUGGGGAAGAGAUGUUGCGUUAGCUCGUGGAUGAAAGAGAUGAUGAACUCAGGGAAUGAGAUUGAGCACGAGGCCUUCAUGGUUUCAUGGCUCACCCGUUUCGUCUUCCCCAAUUCAGCUGAUUUGGUGAAGGACACGCUGUUUCCGGCUGCGAUCCAGCUCGCUAAAGGCCGUAAAUUGGCUCUGGCUCCGGCGGUUUUAGCCGGGAUUUAUCACGACCUCGGUCUUUUAAAAGAGCAACUCGCCGGUUACAGUGAGAAAGAGACGGCUGUGGUGAAGUCUCCGUUUCAGUUUGUGCAGGUUUGGGCUUACGAGAGGAUCAUGGGGUUGCAGCCACCGGGCCAGCCAAGCCAGUUAAAGCCUGGUGAGCCACGAUUGGCCCGGUGGCACCAACACGGUGGCGGUCAGGAUUCGUACGGCUACCCUGAGGAUGUGAGAGCGGUUUUGGACUCUGCUAAAGAGAGUUUCGACUAUCGUCCCUACACAAAACCUCUGAACAACUUCAAAUUCCCGAGGUUUUACUUGGAAGAUGACUGCUGGGUUCGUGUGCGCUCCGAUGACAAGAGCAUCGUAUCCUUUGGUCGGUGUUUGAGGUUCUCUAAACUGGUUGGUUUUGACUGCACUGAACCUGAGCCUUAUUAUCCGCACCGUGUGGCGUUGCAGUUUGGUUAUGACCAGGAUGUUCCCGGUUUAGUUCCAGCUAGGGUCGAGACUCCUGAACUGGCGUGGAGAGAUUACAUCCGUCCGAUCUCUGAUGAUAUGUUGUAUAUCCCUGCACGGCUCCACGAGGCUGAUGUUACGGUUGGUUACAUUCGGUGGUGGAAGCUCUCUGUUUCGAUUUUGCAGUCCGAGGCUAAGAAACUUUCCCACAAGGCUCUGGCUUCACCUCCGAGACAGAAACCGGUGACUGUAAUACCUGAUGCGACGACUACAACAACAGCAAAGGCAGCAUCGUUUUCCCCAGUGAAGUGGAAACCAUCAAGCGCAAAAGCUGAGGGAAAGAAGCCUGAAUGGGUCCAGAGAUCACCACCCAAGUGGAAAAAGAGCCCUGAUAGAAGCUCGAGGGUAGCAGCGGAUGAUGUUAAGGAUCUCAAAGGAGUUCUCAGGGGCUCAGGGGGAAGUAAGAGUCAGAGUCAUGUCACAUUUCAGCUUCCUGGUUCAUCACCGGGAAGAUCUCCUUCAUCUCCUUCCCAGACGCAUACGCUUUCGGCAAAGCAAACCGGUAAAAUGAUAUUCUCUCAUGUUCAGGUCUCACUGUUGAUUCCAUCGCUUCUCUGGAUUGAGUUUUUGCAUUUUAUCUGCAGAUUCUCCUGUCAAGAAACCGAGAAUGUUACCUCGGGUCGCAAACAUAGCCAAACAAUCGAGCCCAUCUCCUAA